AUGUCCCCGAAUAUCAGGGGCAAAUGCACAGAAGAUGCUGAUCGAUAUAAUAAAUAUAACCCACUUUUGGGGGAAUAUUCGAUAAAACAAGGGCACACACCCUUUCCCCGUCUUUCCUUCCUUCACCUCGACGCGGACGUUCUUUCCUGCAUACAGUCGCUCCCUGCUCUGAUCUAUACACCCGGUGUCAAGACGUCCAAGAUGUCUGCCUCACCCCAGCAAGAGGAAGCACGCGAUAAAUCUCAGGAGGAAUUCGAAGAGGAACCGCCAGUCGAAGAGACUGAGGGCGCGGCAGACGCUAGCGAUCCUCCUGCUCCCAAAAGGGGACGUGGCCGUCCUAAGGGAAGCAAGAACAAGAAGUCAGGGGGAACGUCCGCCACCUCAGCAACAGCAGAGGCUGGUGCUAAGAGGAAACGCGGAAGGCCUCCGAAGGAGAAGAAGGAGGAAGCUGCUGAUGGCGAACCGUCUGCCAAACGCAGGCGCGGUCGUCCGCCCAAGACAAAAUUGGAGACAGUACCCGACGCAGCCUCAGAGCCUGCACCUGAUGCUGCUGGAGAAUCAGGUACAAAGAAAAAGCGGGGUCGGCCACCGAAGAAGACCUGA